AUGCUGCCGAAUCGUCCGUUACUGGCCGGUAAAGUUCUCGAACAUUGCCAAUCGGUGAUUCGUCGCCUACGUGUGGAAGCUGGGGGACUGGAGUUGGUGAUCUACAAGAUCGGUAUUACACAUGAGUGCUCGUCACGGUUCGAGUUGUACAGACAAAGGGGGUGGGACCGGAUGACAAUCAUGUUCAAGAGUGACAACUUAGCGCUUGUGGAAAUGCUAGCCACGGCGAAGCACGUCGUGACCAUUGCGAAGGCCUUCGCAGGAGAUGGCGAGUGUCGGGCACUGGAUGAGAUGGCUCGGUGUCCAAGGAAUGAUGCUGAGAAGGCACUACAAUCUGUAGUGAAGAAGUUUGAUUUGACCUUGAAUGUGCCCACUACACAGAAGACCUUUGCAACAAAUGUCACGAUACCAGUUCUGCUGCCGGAAGACUUCAUCAGAACCUUAUCUGACAAGGGGUAUCUGAACCGUCUUGUUGGAGGCUCUCUUGAGAGCAGUGGGCCGAGACUUCAAGAAUUCUGGAGCCGCUACAGGGCAUGGAUGCCUGAUCACGAGAUGUGGUCGCAUUCUCACUUCGACACUUCAACCUUGGUUCCGCUUAUGGUUCACGGCGACGGCGGGCGCACGUUUAAGAAAGACGAAUUAAUGGUGGUGCAAUUUCAGCCGGUGCUCGGGUUUGGAACACGAGCAUCGCACCCUUUACCGAAGCCAGAUAGGCCUGGUGUGAACCUUCGACAGCACACGUUCACGACACGGUUUCUAUAUGGGGUGCUACACAAAGCAGCCUACAAGGACAACGCAGCAUGCUUCACAAGCUUCUUCGACGUGCUCAUGCAAAACCUGGCGACCUUGUAUUUUGGCGGCCUUAUGCUUGGUGGCAAACAUCUUCAUUUUUUAGUGAUCGGUGUCAAAGGCGACCUUCCGUUUCUCCAAAAAGCCGCGCAUCUUGAGAGGACCUUCUUGAAUAUUCGGAAGGCGCCGAAAAAGGCAAGCAGCAAGCCGCUCGUCGGCUGCUGCCACUUAUGUCUCGCUGGCACCGAUAGCUUUCCUUUCGAAGAUUUUUCGCAAUCACCGAAAUUUCUGGAGACCAUGGGACCGUGCAAUCCUUACCCGUGGAGCUCAUUGCCACCAUUUGUGGAGUAUAUGCCAUGGGUGAGGACAAACCCCGCAGCAAUCUUGCGCUUAGACUUGAUGCACAUUAUGCAUCUGGGCGUCGGUCGAGAUUUCACGGGGUCUUCCUGCGUGGUGAUGCUAGAGCUGUGCGAGGAUGCAUCUUCUACCCCUGAGUCAUUGGACUGGCUAUCGCGCGAGCUCAAGCGGUUUUUGCGACACAGCAAGCGCCAAAUUCAUUUUCGAGGGCUUUCGCGGGAUAUGCUCGGCUAUCCCAAUGAACAUGCGUACCCGAGUGGGCACUGGUCCAAGGCUUCGGACACCCCGGUAAUCUUCGAGUUCAUCGUUUGGAUGCUGGAGCAACACGCAGCGAAGCGUGACCAGGACCCCCUUUUGAGGGUCAUUGCUGGGGGAGCGCAUGCGAUGGGCGUUUUCAUGCGCACUGUGCUCGGUGCUGAUCUUUGGCUUACAAGAGACGAGGCGGCAGUCACCUUCGAGGCUGGGAUCCACUUUUUGCGUUGCUACAGCAGAUGUGUCGAUAUUUGCUACGAGCGCAAGAAAUGCAGAUACAACUUGACUCCCAAGCUUCACUAUUGGCAUCAUAUUUGCCUUCAGCUACAGCAUGAUUUAUCCAGAACUCCAGCUUUGCACUACCUGCCGAGCCCGUUGUGGGAUGCGAACUUCUCCGAUGAAGAUUUUGUUGGCCGGGUUAGCCGCCUGAGCAGGCGCAUUAGCCCAAGGCUCUUGAGCCAGCGAACGAUAGGACGUUAUCUGAAUGCCACAAGAGUGCAGCUCCGUGCGGCACAGGGGGACUAG